AUGACCUAUGUACCUGGCGUCACGUGCCCGGCUGAAUACCGCGAUGUCAAGGACGCAAACGAGUGCCAGCGCCUUGCCAUUCAGUAUGGGCACACAUUUGAGGGCAAACUGACCGAAGACGGCAACUGGAUUCACGGCUGCUUUGAAUGGUAUGACACCAAAUACGCUGAUGGGGGCAAUCCCAAGGGAUCAUUCCUGAAAGUCUACUGGAACGAACGCCCGGGCGCAACCGAGGGUGUCUAUGGCGGCCACAAGCCGUGCGUCUACAACCCACAGUAGGCCCUGUCAUGCACGAGCCAGAUGGUUUGGCACGAGCCAGACCUUCCUGAUCAAGCAGGUGGACUAGUGGCCACACAAAAAUGAUGUAUCCUGCGUUCUCGUCGCUGCCCGCGCCGGUCUGCUAUUGUGAGCGACUCUCCUCGCUUUGCUAGUGCUAGCGCGCCCCUUGUACACUCCAUGUGUCGCUCCCACUCUUCCCUUCACACUGCGGAGGCCUUGGCAAGGCCGACCGCCCUUGUGUUUGGUCUGGUCUGUCUGUGUGGGAGCGUGUCUCGAUUGGGGACGUCCGCGACGCGAGACGGCAGACAUCCUUGUACCUUAGCACGCUCUUUGGCUGAUACGUUGUGUAUU